AUGGGCAUCGUCGGAAAUCUCAGUCCAGACGAACUCCACUCCUUCAACUCCCAAGGUUAUUUUGUUAUAGAAUCGUUUGCCAGUGCGGAGGACAUCGAUGCCUUGAGGAAGAGAAUGGACCAAUUGCUUCACGACUUCGACUGCUCCGCCACCGCCUCUAUUUUCUCUACCAAGAAUCAGCAACAGUCGACGGACAAUUACUUCUACGAAAGCGUCGAGAAGAUUUCGUUUUUCUUCGAAGAGAAAGCUUUUGGGAAUGAUGGAGAGCUACAACAGCCAAAGGAACUUUCCAUUAACAAAGUUGGCCAUGCGUUACAUGAGCUCGAUCCAGUAUUUAAAGGUUUCUCCUAUUCUGAGAAAGUUUCAAGUUUGUUCUCCUCCUUGGGUUAUAAAAGGCCCAUCAUCAUUCAGUCUAUGUACAUAUUUAAGCAACCUGGUAUUGGAGGUGAGGUAGUACCGCAUCAGGAUAACUCAUUUCUUUAUACCGAACCACCAACUUGCACAGGGCUGUGGCUGGCCCUAGAAGAUGCAACAAUAACGAAUGGCUGCCUAUGGGCUAUACCUGGAUCUCAAAAGAAUGGCCUUGUCAGACGGUUCAUUAGAGGUGAAGGGGGUGUGACCUUUGAUCGUCCUUCCCCUGAGUAUGAUCAAAAGGAUUUUGUGCCUAUUGAAGUGAAAGCUGGGUCUUUAGUUGUUAUUCAUGGUGAUCUUAUUCAUCAAAGUUUUGAGAAUCAGUCCUCAAAAUCAAGGCAUGCGUACAGCUUGCAUGUGGUGGAUACUGAUGGCUGCAAAUGGGCUCAAGAUAAUUGGAUCAGGCGAAAAGUGGAGCCAGAGCCUCUCUAUGUAUCUUCUUCGGACCUGAAAUUCAAUCUCUAG